CUCUCUCUCUCUUCUUCUUCUUCUCCAAAGUCGUCUUCUUCUUCUUCGCUCUCUCUCUGCUUCUCUCUCUCUCUUUGUUCAAAGUCAAAUUCAACCAACCAACCAAACCCACCAGGUAUAAUAAAUAAAAACUUUUUCUUUUUAAUCCUUCUCCUCGGGAGCCUCUCUCUUCUCUGGUAUAUUCUCACACGUGCGCAUCUCGUGCCACCUGGAGAUAGGGAUUCGUUUCGAUCGAUUUCGUUUUGUUUUUUUCUUUUUCUUAGAUCUGUUCUUUAAUAAUGGGUGUGAGGAGAAGGAUGUGUUUAUAAUUGAAAAAAAAAAAACCCUAAUUCUCGUUAUUGAUGAGUGUUUCAUGAGUUGUAUUGUGAUCGAUCUGUUACUUUUCGAGUCUCUAGUAGUAAAAGAAGAAGAGGAAGAAGAAGAUUAGUAUGUCGUCGCUCAGCAGAGAACUCGUCUUUUUGAUACUUCAAUUUCUCGACGAAGAGAAAUUCAAAGACACUGUUCACAGGUUGGAGAAGGAGUCUGGUUUUUUCUUCAACAUGAGGUACUUUGAAGACAGUGUAACUGCUGGUGAAUGGGACGAUGUCGAGAAGUACCUUUCUGGUUUCACUAAAGUUGAUGAUAAUCGAUACUCCAUGAAGAUUUUUUUCGAGAUUCGCAAGCAGAAGUACCUUGAAGCUCUUGACAAGAAAGACCAUGCCAAGGCGGUUGAAAUUCUUGUUAAGGAGUUAAAAGUGUUCUCUACUUUCAACGAAGAGCUUUUUAAGGAGAUUACCAUGCUUCUAACCUUAACCAACUUCAGGGAAAAUGAGCAGCUUUCCAAGUAUGGAGAUACUAAAUCCGCAAGAGGUAUUAUGCUUGGGGAACUUAAAAAACUCAUUGAAGCAAAUCCUCUCUUCCGAGAAAAACUUCAAUUUCCCAGUUUGAAGAAUUCAAGAUUGAGAACCUUAAUAAAUCAAAGUUUGAACUGGCAGCAUCAGCUUUGCAAGAAUCCCAGACCUAACCCGGAUAUAAAAACACUCUUUGUUGACCACACUUGUGGGCAUCCAAAUGGUGCACACACUCCUUCCCCGACAACUAACCAUUUAAUGGGUUCAGUCCCUAAAGUUGGAGGCUUCCCACCAUUAGGUGCUCACGGUCCAUUUCAGCCAACACCAGCUCCUCUCACAACAUCUCUUGCAGGAUGGAUGCCUAAUCCAUCGGGACCACACCCUACUGUUUCUGCUGGCCCUAUCGGCUUAGGUGCCCCCAACAGUGCUGUGUCUAUGUUAAAGCGUCCCAGGACUCCUCCAACUAAUAGCCUAUCAAUGGAUUAUCAGACGGCAGAUUCUGAAAGUGUGUUGAAGAGACCCAGACCUUUUGGUAUUUCAGAUGGGGUUAAUAAUCUUCCAGUCAAUGUCUUGCCAGUCACAUAUCCAGGGCAAAGCCAUGCGCAUGCAACUUAUUCUACUGAUGACUUACCCAAAAAUGUUAGCAGGAUUUUGAGUCAGGGUUCUGCCAUUAAGAGUAUGGAUUUUCAUCCAGUACAGCAAACUAUGCUCCUUGUUGGCACCAAUCUUGGUGAUAUCGCAAUAUGGGAGGUGGGUAGCAGGGAGAAGCUUGUUUCUAGAAGCUUUAAAGUUUGGGAUCUUGCUGCUUGCACUGUGAAUCUUCAGGCUUCACUUGCUAGCGAGUAUACUGCAGCAGUAAACCGAGUUGUUUGGAGUCCUGAUGGAGGUCUUUUGGGUGUUGCAUAUUCAAAGCAUAUUGUGCAUAUAUAUUCAUAUCAUGGUGGCGAUGAUUUACGGAAUCAUCUAGAGAUUGAUGCUCAUGCUGGUAAUGUCAACGAUCUUGCUUUCUCCCAACCAAACCAGCAAUUAUGUGUUGUGACUUGUGGAGAAGACAAGACAAUCAAGGUCUGGGAUGCUGUCACCGGAAAUAAAUUGCACACCUUUGAAGGUCAUGAGGCACCUGUUUACUCAGUGUGCCCACACCAGAAAGAGAAUAUUCAGAUUAUUCUCUUGUGGUACUAGUAAGGAGGGGGAAUCAUUCAUUGUUGAAUGGAAUGAAAGUGAAGGAGCUGUGAAGCGGACUUAUCUUGGACUAGGGAAACGGUCUGUGGGGGUUGUCCAGUUCGAUACCAUGAAGAAUAAGUUUUUGGUAGCUGGUGAUGAGUUCCAAGUCAAAUUUUGGGAUAUGGAUAGUGUUGAACUUUUGAGUACAACGACUGCAGAAGGGGGGUUGCCGUCUUCCCCUUGCUUAAGGAUCAAUAAAGAAGGAACUCUGCUGGCUGUCUCAACUACUGAUAAUGGAAUUAAGAUACUAGCGAAUGCUGAAGGUUCCAGGAUUUUGCACUCCAUGGGAAACCGUGGCCUUGACAGCUCUAGAGCUACUCCUGGCUCAGUCGCAAAGGGGCCUAUUGGUGGCACAUUUGGCACUCCAAGUUCAAGCACUGGAAUGAGUCUAUCAAUGGCUGAAAGAAGUGGACCAGUGGCAUCUGUUACUGGAUUGAAUGGAGAUAAUCGCAGUAUGCCAGAUGUCAAACCAAGAAUCCCUGAUGAAGCAGAGAAAUCAAAGACUUGGAAGCUGACAGAGAUCAGCGAACGAUCCCAGCUUCGUACUCUGCGGCUUCCUGACAGCCUGCUACCAGCAAGAGUUGUUAAGUUAAUAUACACAAAUUCUGGAGGUUCUAUUCUGGCAUUAGCAGAAAACGCUGCACAUAAAUUAUGGAAAUGGCAAAAGAGUGAGCGAAAUCUUUUGGGAAAGGCAAACAGCAAUGUCCCACCCCAGCUCUGGCAGCCAUCUAGUGGAGUACUAAUGACAAAUGACACACGCGAGGGAAACAAAGAAGAUGUAGUUCCAUGCUUUGCGCUCUCAAAAAAUGAUUCUUAUGUCAUGUCAGCCUCAGGAGGAAAAAUUUCCUUGUUCAACAUGAUGACUUUUAAGACGAUGACAACGUUCAUGGCGCCACCUCCAGCAGCGACUUCCCUUGCCUUCCAUCCUCAAGACAAUAAUAUUAUUGCUAUCGGAAUGGAUGACUCGUCUAUUCAAAUCUAUAACGUCAGAGUCGAUGAGGUUAAAAGUAAAUUGAAAGGUCAUCAGAAGAGAGUGACUGGUUUAGCAUUCUCAAACGUUCUAAAUGUUCUUGUUUCCUCUGGUGCUGAUUCUCAGCUAUGUGUAUGGAGCAUGGAUGGAUGGGAAAAGCAAGCUAGCAAACAGAUUCAAAUUCCAAGCGGGCAUUCGCCAAACCCACUUGCUCAUACACGCGUUCAGUUCCAUCACGACCAGACACAUGUGCUUGUUGUCCAUGCCAGCCAGUUAGCCAUAUAUGAGGCUCCUAAGUUAGAGAACAUGAAGCAGUGGAUUCCGAAGGAGUCAAGUGGUUCAGUCACAGAUGCUGUAUACUCAUGUGAUAGCCAGUCAAUCUACGCAGCCUUUGAUGAUGGAAGUGUGAGUAUCUUGACGGCAACAACAUUGCAACUGAAGUGCCGCAUUGGUCCCAGUUCAUAUUUGCCUUCAAACCCUAGCUCGAGAGUAUAUCCAGCAACAGUCGCAGCUCAUCCGUCUGAACCAAACCAAUUUGCAGUUGGACUAACUGAUGGUGGGGUCCACGUGAUCGAACCACCAGGUCCAGAGGGGAAGUGGGGAAUGUCCCCACCGCCAGAAAAUGGUGCAGGACCAAGUGUCUCCUCAGCACCCGGGUCAGAUCAACAACCGAGGUGAGGCUGAGUUUGUUCACCAAAAGCUCGCAUCAUGUAGCCUCCCAAGUCAUUAUUAUACAGAGGAGAGCUCUGAGAUUGUAGGUGAUGUAUGUUCUUACUUAUUCAUAGUAGGUGAAAGGUGACUCAGCAGUUUCUUCCAUUAAUUCUAGUGUUUACGAAACGGUUUUUUUCAAGAUUAUUAUUAUCAUUAUAGAGUUCUCCU